CAACGGCAGCAAGAGGACCGGCCGCCCCAUAGACACCCACCCCCUCUCCCGCGCACCACCCCCCGCGACUUCCUCUGCUUGGGUGCCUCUCAGCUCUGACUUCCCCUUUCUCCUAUCUUUCCCGGCACCGCGGGAAAAGCAGCGCAGGGCAGAGCAGACAGGGAGGGCGGCCGGAGCCCGGACACGGGAGCCUCCCAGUCAGUUCAAGACCCGACAUGAGGGAAAAGGGCCGUAGGAAGAAGGGCAGGACCUGGGCGGAGGCCGCCAAGACGGUCUUAGAAAAAUACCCUAAUACACCCAUGAGUCAUAAAGAAAUUCUUCAAGUUAUCCAGAGAGAAGGACUAAAAGAAAUCAGAAGUGGGACUUCCCCUCUUGCAUGCCUGAAUGCCAUGCUGCAUACAAACUCCCGAGGUGAAGAGGGAAUCUUCUAUAAGGUUCCAGGUAGAAUGGGAGUAUAUACACUGAAGAAAGAUGUGCCGGAUGGGGUGAAGGAGCUAUCAGAAGGUUCCGAAGAGAGCAGCGAUGGUCAGUCCGAUUCCCAGAGCUCCGAGAACAGCAGCAGCAGCAGUGAUGGUGGCAGCAACAAGGAGGGGAAAAAGAGCAGGUGGAAAAGAAAAGUAUCAUCUAGACUGUCACAGCCAUCUUCCCCUCAGUCAGGCUGUCCAUCACCCUCCAUUCCAGCAGGUAAAGUCAUUUCUCCAUCACAGAAGCACAGCAAGAAGGCACUCAAGCAGGCUCUAAAGCAGCAACAGCAGAAGAAGCAGCAGCAGCAAUGCAGACCAAGCAUGUCCAUCUCCUCCGGCCAGCAUCUGUCUUUAAAGACUGUCAAAGCCGCCAGUGAUCCUGCGCCUGCCAAACCUGGAGUAUGGGAAGGAAAGCAAACUGAUGGACAGUCAACAAGCCCCCAAAACUCAAACUCCAGUUUUUGUUCUUCAGUUAAAGUAGAAAAUCCUUUGCUCGGCUUGGGAAAGAAGUCAUUCCAAAGGUCUGACAGGCUGCACACAAGACAAAUGAAAAGGACUAAAUGUGCGGAUAUUGAUGUUGAGACACCGGACUCUAUUCUGGUUAAUACUAAUCUGAGAGCAUUGAUCAACAAACACACCUUUUCCGUUCUGCCUGGAGAUUGUCAGCAGAGACUGCUUCUGUUGCUUCCAGAAGUAGAUCGGCAGGUUGGUGUAGAUGGUUUGAUGAAAUUAAACGGUUCAGCUCUUAACAAUGAGUUCUUCACUUCAGCAGCCCAAGGCUGGAAGGAAAGACUCUCAGAAGGUGAAUUUACACCUGAAAUGCAGGUGAGAAUUCGGCAAGAAAUUGAAAAGGAGAAAAAAGUGGAGCCUUGGAAAGAACAAUUCUUUGAAAGCUACUAUGGCCAGAGCUCUGGCCUGAGCCUCGAGGAGUCCAAGAAAUUGUUAACUUCAACCAGUGAUGCCAAAAUAAAGAAAAUUUCAGCUGAGCAGCCUAAAUCCAGUCUUCCUUCAGAGGCCUCUCCCAUCAGAAUAGCCCCAGUAGGUGUCCAGGCAGAAUCUAAAGAAGAAGUACAGGUGCCAUCACCAGGGAAGAAGGAGGAGCCAGAGAGCCAGGAUACGGUGCUCCCGACCAUCUCCCCAGACACCACCCAAUCUGCGGAGCCCCUUGUUUCUUCAGCCAGCAGCACGAACGAGCUUAGCAGCAUUCUUCCUGUCAAAUGUCCGCAAUAUGAAGAUCUCUUGGAACAGAAGCCCAUCACUGCUGAGGAUUCUGAGAAAGAGAAUCAUCUCACAGCAUCUUCUAAUUGCAGCAGAAAUGAGAGCCAGGAUGCUUUAGUUAGAUCUCCAAGCAAACCUACGAGCCCUGCAGUGGAACUACCAGUGAUGAAGCCAGUAGUGGAAGCAAAUCCACAGGAGACCACCAUGAAGGAGCCCCUGUCAGCUCGAGUUGAUCAAAGCCCUGAAGGCCUCAAGAGAAAGUCUCCUCUCACCCAAGAGGAGCCCCCGACAAGCUGGGAGAAGAGGCCGCGGGUCACUGAAAACUGCCCGCACCAGCAGCCAUUUCUGGGCUCGCCACAGCCCUUUCUCAACAGAGCAGACAGGGGCCAGGUGCGAAGAGUACCGCCUCUCAAGAUCCCAGUCUCCAGAAUCUCCCUCAUGCCAUUUCCUACAUCGCAGGUCUCUCCCAGGGCUCGUUUUCCAAUCUCCCUCACUAGUCCUAACAGAACAGGAGCCAGAACCCUUGCAGACAUCAAAGCAAAAGCCCAGCUGGUCAAAGCACAAAGGGCAGCUGCCGCCGCCGCUGCCGCCGCCGCUGCAGCCGCCUCCGUUGGAGGGACCAUUCCAGGACCUGGUCCAGGGGGUGGACAAGGUCCAGGAGAGACCAGUGACAGGAAAACUGCUAGAGGAGGGAGCCCGGGCUCAGACCAAGCCAUUGAAACCAGAAGAGGCCCCACCCUGGAACUGGCAGGAACUGGAAGCAGGGGAGGUACGAGAGAGCUUUUACCCUGUGGUCCAGAGACUCAGCCCCAGUCUGAGACCCAGAGCCCAGGCCAGGCUCAGCCUCUUAGUGUCUCUGGAGCACAACUACAGCAAAGCCCCUCAGUGCCUCCCUCAUCUGCCGUCAGCAGAGCAUGCACAGGUGUCCCGUCACCACCCCACACUAACCCACCCCCACCAGCUUUAGAGAAACUGAACCCCAGCAGGACAACAGCCACUGUGGCCUCGCUCAGCCACGCACAGGGCUCCAGUCAAUGCAGACAGGAAACAGCACCUUCUACUCUAGCAGGCCCUGCUCUAAUCUCAGGUGCCUUACCUGUUCCUUUUACAGUUGAUGGCACAGUUGACUCCAAAGCUGGUUCCACUAAGAAUACACCAAACCCCUCGGCCUCAGCAGAGACAACUGCUAGAGCUCCAGUGGAUAUGGUCCCACCUUUGGCGUCAUUAUUGACAACAGCCACUUUAGAAAAAUUUCCUCCAGCCCACGCCAGCGUAACCACAGCACCUGCUGGAUCAGUUCCAUCCUCAAGCACUUUGCCAACAAUUUCUAGCCUUAAAGCCCCAGGAGCUUCUUCGAAUAUGAAUGGACCCAUUUCACGACCAAACUCUAGUAUCCCAGCUAAUAAUCCUUUGGUCAUUCAGCUGCUCCAGGGCAAAGAUGUACCCAUGGAGCAGAUCCUCCCUAAACCUCUCACCAAAGUCGAAAUGAAAACUGUUCUGCUGACUAAAGAGGAAAAGCGGAUAGGAGCACCCACAGGUCCCAACAUUAUAGAAAGUAGCACAAGAGAGGAAAUGAACGACAGGCAGUGCCACCCUGCUGCCCCGCUACUGGGGAAGGCAUUACCGGGCAAGCAGCUCCCCCAGGUUCUGAGGACCCUGCAGUUCUUCUCCACGAAGGAGCUGAGGGACUCCAACACUGACACGCACACAUACCAGGAAGGACUGAAUAAAGCAACUCAAGAGCAGAUCCUCCAGACACUCAUUAAAAGGGUGCGAAGGCAGAACACCCUCCCUGUCCUGCAGCCCAGCCAGUUCAGCUUUGCCCAAUCAGGUUUCCAGGCAGACAGCAUCUCCACAAGCCAGAGGUUCAUGCUAGGGUUUGCCGGCAGAAGGACAUCCAAGCCUGCGAUGUCAGGCCACUACUUGCUGAAUAUUUCCACCUACGGCAGGGUGUCAGAGAGCUUUAGAAGGACCCAUUCUGUAAACCCGGAAGACCGCUUUUCUUUAAGUAGCCCCACGGAGGCCUUGAAGGUGAGCUCCACAGACUGUAAAAAGCCAGCUGGAGAUAGCGGCAGCAGCAGAGACGAGGACAGCGAGGAGGAGAGUACUGGCGACGAACAGGAAUCUCUACUGGUGAAGAAGGAGGCUCAGGCUCCCCAGAGUUCAGACAAGAGCGAAGCUAGUCCUGGGCUCCACAGUCGAGACGCCCUGUCCACCAGUGACUGCUUGACCAUGAAGAACAUGAAGGCAGAAACACCUGGAAAUGAGCAGACCACUUUAAGCAAAGAGAACUACCUGUUCUCUAGAGGCCAAAGCUUCGAUGAAAAGAGGCUAGCCAGAGAUUUUAUUCAGGCAGCACAGAAGCAAGUGGCUCACGCGGUGAAAGGAAAAAUGAUGUGCAGCAGCCCUGAGCUUUUCAAUUCUGCUGUUCCUCUCCCUGCAGACAGCCCCACACAUAAGCCUCUGCUCCUUCCACCAUUGCAGACCCCUCAGCUGUACGGAAGCCCCACGCAGAUAGGGCCAAGCUACAGAGGCCUGAUCAACGUCUCCACCUCGUCCGACAUGGACCGCAGCUCCUCCCUACCGGGCAUGCCUGACGGUAGCCAGGUGUCUAGCAACAUGAGUGAUGUGAUGUCCUUUUCAGUGACCGUCACAACCAUCCCUGCUGGCCAAGCUAGGAAUCCCAAUAGCCACGGCCAGACCCUUCCUGUCCAGGCCUUUUCCGAAGAGAACAGCAUAGAGGAUACACCUUCGAAAUGUUACUGCCGAUUGAAAGCCAUGAUCAUGUGCAAAGGGUGUGGUGCUUUCUGCCACGAUGACUGCAUUGGCCCCUCUAAACUGUGUGUCUCCUGCCUUGUCGUCCGGUAA